GCUAGUAGAAGAAGAAUGUCACGUUGUUUCUCCGAGUAGCUGUGGCAUAUUUAAGCAAUUGAUGCUUCUCCGAUAACAUGUCAUUGACUUUAUAUUGACUGAUCAUUGUGACAUUUUCUUCUGGACAAAAUGGCAACGCAAGCUGCACGGCUUUUCCGCAAAAUGGAUGGUCUUUUUGCUGUUUACAAACCGCAGGGAGUUCACUGGAAACUUGUUCGUGACACCAUAGAGUCAAAUUUACUGAAAGCGCUGAACUCCUGUCCUCCACCAGCUCCUCAGCGUGAAGUGCAGUUUCCGCUUCUGCCCAGUGGAGAGAACAGCAGUUCUACAGAUCUCAUACCGUCACCCUCCACCAUGCUCCCGGCCACUCUGGCAGACCAUCCUUUAGUGACAGGGCCGCAGUUUCACAAUGUUCAUGUUGGAGUUGGUCAUCGCUUGGAUGCUUAUUCCUCUGGAGUAUUAGUUUUAGGAGUGGGGAAAGGAAAUGGAGUACUUGAGCAUAUGUGCAGAUCACACGUAACCAGGGACUACAUGCUUCAGGGGGAAUUCGGAAUGGCCACAGACAAUUUCUCUCACACAGGUCGAGUCAUAGAGAAAAACACAUAUGACCACGUUACCCAGGAUAAGUUAGAGAGAGUCCUUGCCAUGAUACAGGGAGCUAAUCAAAAAGCUCUAAUUACGUAUUCUCAGGUGGACCUAAGCACUCAGGAGGCCUAUGAGCUUGCAGUGAGGGGCUUGUUGUAUCCUCAUGGUAAAAGCCCUCCCAUUCUGACUGGCCUGCGAUGCAUACAUUUCAAACCACCGCAUUUCACUUUGGUGGUCCAGUGUGUGAACGAGACUCAGAAGUAUCUACGUAAAUUGAUUCAUGAGGUGGGAUUAGAGCUGCGGACUACUGCAGUCUGUUCUGGUGUGCGUCGGACGCGAGACGGUCCCUUCAAAGUAGAGAAUACACUCACCCGCCAACACUGGACUGCUGACAACAUCAUACAAGUGAUUUCUUAUUUCCGCAACACUACCCGCAAAAUCAGGAAGUCUGGAAUCUACAGACAGAAUGUUGGCCAAUCAAACACAAGCACAGAGAUCCAAGAGCAAAUCAGAAGACAAAAUGCACAGUCUUAAGUGAAUAAGCCAGGUGCAUGAUGUACUAAAAAAAGCAUACUUCUGAUACAGUUGUGGACAAAGAGACAUCUGGGACACAGGGUGAAUGCAAACAUUUGAGUUAAUUGGGUCAAAAUUUUUAUUUUGUCCUAAAUGGGUUAAUUGGAAUACAUAUGCAUUCUGCAUGAUGUGGUUUUGUCUAUAAAAUGUAAAUCAGUGGGGUCCAAAACUUUCAAGCUCCGAAAAUAAUAUAAAGGCAGCAUAAAAGUAAUCCAUACGACUUUGGAUACUGUCCAUACGACAGUCACUUUGGGCAAGAAACAGACCACAAUUAAAGUCCUUAUUCAGUUUAAACCUUGACAUCCGGCCCAGUUGGUGCAGACACAGUGCAGACUUCAAGACCGUUAUGCUUUGAAGCUGCACGCUGUUGCAAGGUACUCAAACCUGUUAUCGUAUUGUAUAUCAGUAAGUAUCGUUUAAUUUUCAUCUUCUAGUGUUGAUCAUUUACCAUUAGCUGACCGUGCACGGUGUGUGUGAAUGGGCUUCUCUCAUGAUUGCACCAAGCAGACUGUCGAUGUCAAGAUUUAUAUUUAAUAAAGACUUCAAUUUUGUUGUAUUUCUCACCCAAAACCGACCAUAUAUCUUCGGAAGACAUGGAUUAAACCACUCAAGUCAUAUGAAUUACUUUAAAUGCUGACAAAAACACAUCAUAAAAGUUUGAGAUGGCAUGAUGGUGGGUAAAUGAGAGAAUUAUCAUUAUAAGAUGGACCUGUUUGCCAAUUCACUGAUCUAAAUUAUUGAUUUGUUGUACUUUAAUGAUUGUCAUUAAAAAUAUGUGAGUGUUUGUU